AGUACCGAGUGCUCGUCAACAAAAUUAACACUGGUUAACAAAACAGAUGGACAGCUUUGGUUUGGUUAACCAAAUAGUUGCUGAAUAAUUGAAACCAUGGAUGAUCAACAUACUCUACAAAAUGGGGUGGCAAAAGAAGUUCAGUACUCUCUUGGCAAUCAACUGCAAAUUAGUGACGAGCUCAAAGAUAAACUGUAUCCAUAUCAGGUUGAGGGUUUAGAGUUCUUCCAUGACGCAAUCAGAGAGGGUAGAAAAGGCGUUAUUUUAGCAGAUGAAAUGGGCCUGGGAAAAUCUGUUCAAGUCAUCUCAUUUCUGGCCUGCAUGAGCAAAAAGCAAAAAAUUCCAAGCACACUGUUGAUAGUGCCUGCAAAUCUAUUAGAUGAUUGGGUCACCAAGAUACAUGAAUGGACCCCUUGGAUGACAUGCCUGAAAUAUCAUCAGUCAGAGCACCAUCAAGCCGAAAACCUGAGGAAAGUGAAAAGAAAAGGAGGGAUACUCGUUACCACAUACGAGACAUUUGUCAAACGUAAAGAAGACCUGUCAUCUUUGCAUUCUAAUCCCUAUGUCUGGGAUUUUGUAGUAUUUGAUGAAGCACACAGGCUCAAGAAUGAAACGACGCAGAGGUACAAAGCUGCUUUUUCACUCCAGGCCCAUUUUUGGAUUCUUCUGACUGGCACUCCCGUCCACAACGGUCUAAAGGAACUCUGGAACCUGUUGUCUCUUAUCUCUGAGACAUGCCUGGUGGGAACAUACCAAACAUUCAAGAAGAACUUUGAGAAACCAAUAACUCGAGGGAGGGAGGCUGAUGCAGGGGCCGAUGAAAGGGCCUUGGCUCAGGAACUGAUGGAAUGUCUCAAAGAGAAAAUAAAAGUAGUUUGGCUGAGGCGCACCAAAGCCCAGUUGCCCAAGCUGCCGGACAUACGCGAGUUUGUGCUCUGGACCAAGCUUAGCCCUGAACAGGAAGUGGUUUACCGUCACCAAAUAUCACAUGAUGCACAUGAUCUUUUGCUUUUACACAAUUUGCGGAAGAUUUGUUGUCAGUCCAGAAAGUUUGACGGAAGUGCUUUGAAUUCCCUUGAAUCUGAAGUUGCGCACUCUGGAAAACUUGCGAUAUUGAUCCCUUUGUUGAAGACACUUUCUUCGGAAGGACACAAGAUUCUGGUGUUCUUUCAGUAUGUCGAAACCCUCAACACCGUCAGGGACAUUCUAAUGCAAACAGACUGGGGACAGAGAACUGUUUUGUUUAUAGAUGGGACUGUUGUACUCAGACAACGAAUGACAUCGCUUAAGUCAUUCCAGAAUGGACACCAAAGCAUCCUUUUGCUCACAGUCCAGGUUGGGGCUGAGGGCCUAACCCUCACAGCCGCUGAUCGUGUCAUUAUCACAGAACCUUCCUGGAACCAAUCAGCAGAUGCACAGGCAGUGGCUCGAGUACACAGAAUUGGACAGAGGAAAAGGGUGGAAGUAUAUCGUUUGAUCACUUGUGGGACGGUUGAAGAGAAAAUAUAUCGGAGGCAGCUAUUCAAAGGCUCACUGGUUCGGCAGGUGGUAGGGGAUGACCAGAAUCCCUUGAGGCACUUCACCCGUUCAGAGCUAAUGGAGCUUUAUAGCCUGGGAGAGACUCAGUACUCUGCCACCCAGCUACAGCUGGAGCAUCAAUUCUCCAAAAGUAUCAGCGCUGAGGAGAUCCUUGGGAGGCAGUUAGGAGAACAGGUCUCUGGCAGCCUAUGUGGAAUUUCUGAUCAUGGGCAGCUUCUUAAAGCCAGUCAAGGUGAGGACCUAGAGGCAGAAAUGGAAAAGUUGCACAUUGCUGAUGAAGUUCAGAAAAGUAAGGGGGAGAUUGAAGGUGAGGCCCACCUCAAAUGUCAAGUAACAUCUCUUGAUAUACCUACACAUGAUAAGAAGCCACAGAAAUCACUGGGCUUACAUCGAAAAUGGAAAGAGAAUGAUAACCAGAACAAACAAAAAGAGAAAUCAAGAAAAUCUGUCAUCAAACCAGUUUCCUCUAAACAGCACAAGCAGAAGACUCCAGGGUUGCCUAGGAAAUAUAAAUGCUUUUCCUCUCCAUUCUCUGGUUCAGUUCUGAGAAAGAAACGCACUCUACGGCCACUUUGGCAUUACUCGCACCAAGACUCUCUCCUCUUUUCGCAGGAGGGAGAAGGCUAUGUGAAGGAUGGUGAUGCCCAGAUUACAAAACCACUGCAUACAAGUACAGGUGUUAGUAAUGAGAAGAGUGCAACGAGCAGUUCUACCUCAAGCAGAGUUCAAUACACUUCAGAUGACCUGUUGCCAGAAACAGAAAGAGGUGACACUUCACUGAAAAACUCUGGAACAGCCAGCAAUAGUAUAGAGGCUAGUUUAUCCAACAGCACUCCACACAACUUUAUACUGAGCUCCACUAAUGAAUUGAGUAAAGCGUCCAGUUCAGAUUGCCUCACAGAUGAUGAAUGUGAUGACGGUGCACUUACAUCCCCUGAGGAGAGAAGUCCUAUAAACUACAGUGAGAUGCGGAUGUGUGACACUGGAACCAUCUCUGGAAAUGCAAGUGGUUUCCAUUCCUUAAGCCCCAAGGCUGUGUCUGUAACUGAUGUCAGUUUACGUUCAGAAGGUGAAUCACAUCAUCCAAGACAACAGCUGAGUUUCGCCCUGACUCCUCCAUUAGCUUUAACUCCGGUAAAAAAUCAUGACUUUCUUGCAAACAUUCAGUCACCAAGACAAGUGGAUGAUCCUUGCCAGACUCUUAAGCCAUCCUCACCAAAUCUACCAGCCAUUUCAUUACUGUGUGAUUACUCACUAACUCCUGGAUCCAUGUCUGUGCCCAGUACACCACACAUGGAGCAAACACCACAGGUUUCAGGUGCAUACCCUACCAGUGGUCCUAAAGAUGCCCCAACAGGGACGGGUGAAGGUGACAGCUACACUUCAUCCAGAGAUCCCCACAAUCCAGAUGACACGUUUCCAGAAUGGACUGUCAGAGAUGUAUUGGAAAACUCUGGCAAAGCCCACAACCAUGCAGAGGCUAGUUUAUCAGACAACAGCACUCCAAACAGUCUUAAAAUGGACUCUGCUAAUGAGGGCAGUCAAGGUCAUCUGCCUGACAAAGAUGAUGAGACCAACUCGGAUUUCCUCAUAGAUUAUAACUCAUCCAGAGAUCCACACAAUGCAGAUGUUGUACUUCCAGAAACUACUUUCACAGAUGGCGAUGUGUAUGAAAACUCUACAACAUCCAACAACAGUGCAGAGUCUAGUUUCUCAGGCAACAAUACUCAGCACAAUCGUACAUGGCAUUCCAGGGAUAAAGGCAGUGAAGUAGAUCUUGAUGACACAGAUGAAGUGGACAGUUCAGAUUGCCUCACAGAUAAUGAAUGUGCACUAGCGUCCCCUGAGGAGAGAAGUCCUUUAAACUACAGUGAGAUGCGGAUGUGUGACACUGGAACCAUCUCUGGAAAUGCAAGUGGUUUCCAUUCCUUAAGCCCCAAGGCUGUGUCUGUAACUGAUGUCCGUUUACGUUCAGAAGGUGAUUCACAGCAUCCAAGACAACAGCUGAGUUUCGCCCUGACUUCUCCAUUAGCUUUAACUCCGGUAAAAAAUCAUGACUUUCUUGCAAACAUUCAGUCACCAAGACAAGUGGAUGAUCCUUGCCAGACUCUUAAGCCAUCCUCACCAAAUCUACCAGCCAUUUCAUUACUGUGUGAUUACUCACUAACUCCUGGAUCCAUGUCUGUGCCCAGUACACCACACAUGGAGCAAACACCACAGGUUUCAGGUGCAUACCCUACCAGUGGUCCUAAAGAUGCCCCAACAGGGACGGGUGAAAGUGACAGCUACACUUCAUCCAGAGAGCCACACAAUCCAGAUGACACGUUUCCAGAAUGGACUGUCAGAGAUGUAUUGGAAAACUCUGGCACAGCUCACAACCAUGCAGAGGCUAGUUUAUCUGACAACAGCACUCCAAACAGUCUUAAAAUAGACUCUGCUAAUGAGGGCAGUCAAGGUCAUCUGCCUGACAAAGAUGAUGAGACCAACUCUGAUUUCCUCAUAGAUUAUAACUCAUCCAGAGAUCCACACAAUGCAGAUGUUGUACUUCCAGAAACUACUUUCACAGAUGGCGAUGUGUGUGAAAACUCUGCAACAUCCAACAACAGGGCAGAGUCUACUUUUUCACACAACAAUACCCAACACGAUCGUACAUGGCAUUCCAGGGAUGAAGGCAGUGAAGUAGAUCUUGAUGACACAGAUGAAGUGGACAGUUCAGAUUGCCUCACAGAUAAUGAAUGUGCACUAGCGUCCCCUGAGGAGAGAAGUCCUUUAAACUACAGUGAGAUGCGGAUGUGUGACACUGGAACCAUCUCUGGAAAUGCAAGUGGUUUCCAUUCCUUAAGCCCCAAGGCUGUGUCUGUAGUUGAUGUCCGUUUAUUUUCAGAAGGUGAAUCACAGCAUCCAAGACAACAGCUGAGUUUCGCCCUGACUCCUCCAUUAGCUUUAACUCCGGUAAAAAAUCAUGACUUUCUUGCAGACAUUCAGUCACCAAGACAAGUGGACGAUCCUUGCCAGACCCUUAAGCCAUCCUCACCAAAUCUACCAGCCAUUCCACUACUGUGUGAUUACUCACUAACUCCUGGAUCCAUGUCUGUGCCCAGUACACCACACAUGGAGCAAACACCACAGGUUUCAGGUGCAUACCCUACCAGUGGUCCUAAAGAUGCCCUAACAGGGUCGGGUGAAAGUGACAGCUACACUUCAUCUAGAGAUCCACACAAUCCAGAUGACACGCUUCCAGAAUGGACUGUCAGAGAUGUAUUGGAAAACUCUGGCAAAGCCCACAACCAUGCAGAGGCUAGUUUUUCAGACAACAAUACUCAACACAAUCGUACAUGGCAUUCCAGGGAUGAAGGCAGUGAAGUAGAUCUUGAUGACACAGAUGAAGUGGACAGUUCAGAUUGCCUCACAGAUAAUGAAUGUGCACUAGCGUCCCCUGAGGAGAGAAGUCCUUUAAACUACAGUGAGAUGCGGAUGUGUGACACUGGAACCAUCUCUGGAAAUGCAAGUGGUUUCCAUUCCUUAAGCCCCAAGGCUGUGUCUGUAGUUGAUGUCCGUUUACGUUCAGAAGGUGAAUCACAGCAUCCAAGACAACAGCUGAGUUUCGCCCUGACUCCUCCAUUAGCUUUAACUCCGGUAAAAAAUCAUGACUUUCUUGCAGACAUUCAGUCACCAAGACAAGUGGACGAUCCUUGCCAGACCCUUAAGCCAUCCUCACCAAAUCUACCAGCCAUUUCAUUACUGUGUGAUUACUCACUAACUCCUGGAUCCAUGUCUGUGCCCAGUACACCACACAUGGAGCAAACACCACAGGUUUCAGGUGCAUACCCUACCAGUGGUCCUAAAGAUGCCCUAACAGGGUCGGGUGAAAGUGACAGCUACACUUCAUCUAGAGAUCCACACAAUCCAGAUGACACGCUUCCAGAAUGGACUGUCAGAGAUGUAUUGGAAAACUCUGGCAAAGCCCACAACCAUGCAGAGGCUAGUUUUUCAGACAACAAUACUCAACACAAUCGUACAUGGCAUUCCAGGGAUGAAGGCAGUGAAGUAGAUCUUGAUGACACAGAUGAAGUGGACAGUUCAGAUUGCCUCACAGAUAAUGAAUGUGCACUAGCGUCCCCUGAGGAGAGAAGUCCUUUAAACUACAGUGAGAUGCGGAUGUGUGACACUGGAACCAUCUCUGGAAAUGCAAGUGGUUUCCAUUCCUUAAGCCCCAAGGCUGUGUCUGUAACUGAUGUCCGUUUACGUUCAGAAGGUGAAUCACAGCAUCCAAGACUACAGCUGAGUUUCGCCCUGACUUCUCCAUUAGCUUUAACUCCGGUAAAAAAUCAUGACUUUCUUGCAAACAUUCAGUCACCAAGACAAGUGGAUGAUCCUUGCCAGACUCUUAAGCCAUCCUCACCAAAUCUACCAGCCAUUUCAUUACUGUGUGAUUACUCACUAACUCCUGGAUCCAUGUCUGUGCCCAGUACACCACACAUGGAGCAAACACCACAGGUUUCAGGUGCAUACCCUACCAGUGGUCCUAAAGAUGCCCCAACAGGGACGGGUGAAAGUGACAGCUACACUUCAUCCAGAGAGCCACACAAUCCAGAUGACACGUUUCCAGAAUGGACUGUCAGAGAUGUAUUGGAAAACACAGCUCACAACCAUGCAGAGGCUAGUUUAUCUGACAACAGCACUCCAAACAGUCUUAAAAUGGACUCUGCUAAUGAGGGCAGUCAAGGUCAUCUGCCUGACAAAGAUGAUGAGACCAACUCUGAUUUCCUCAUAGAUUAUAACUCAUUCAGAGAUCCACACAAUGCAGAUGUUGUACUUCCAGAAACUACUUUCACAGAUGGCGAUGUGUGUGAAAACUCUGCAACAUCCAACAACAGGGCAGAGUCUACUUUUUCACACAACAAUACCCAACACGAUCGUACAUGGCAUUCCAGGGAUAAAGGCAGUGAAGUAGAUCUUGAUGACACAGAUGAAGUGGACAGUUCAGAUUGCCUCACAGAUAAUGAAUGUGCACUAGCGUCCCCUGAGGAGAGAAGUCCUUUAAACUACAGUGAGAUGCGGAUGUGUGACACUGGAACCAUCUCUGGAAAUGCAAGUGGUUUCCAUUCCUUAAGCCCCAAGGCUGUGUCUGUAACUGAUGCCCGUUUACUUUCAGAAGGUGAAUCACAGCAUCCAAGACAACAGCUGAGUUUUGCCCUGACUCCUCCAUUAGCUUCAACUCCGGUAAAAAAUCAUGACAUUCUUGCAAACAUUCGGUCACCAAGACAAGUGGACAAUCCUUGCCAGACCCUUAAGCCAUCCUCACCAAAUCUACCAGCCAUUCCACUACUGUGUGAUUACUCACUAACUCCUGGAUCCAUGUCUGUGCCCAGUACACCACACAUGGAGCAAACACCACAGGUUUCAGGUGUAUGUCCUACCAGUGGUCCUAAAGAUGCCCCAACAGGGAAGAGUGAAAGUAACAGCUACACUUCAUCCAGAGAUACACACAAUCCAGAUGGCAUGCUUCCAGAAUGGACUGUCAGAGAUAUAUUGGAAAACUCUGGCACAGCCCACAACCAUGCAGAGGCUAGUUUAUCAGACAACAAUACUCCAAACAGUCUUAAAAUGGACUCUGCUAAUGAGGGCAGUCAAGGUCAUCUGCCAGAGACAGACGAUGAGACCAACUCUGAUUUCCUCACAGAUUAUAACUCCUCCAGAGAUCCACACAAUGCAGAUGUUGUACUUCCAGAAACUACUUUCACAGAUGGCGAUGUGUGUGAAAACUCUGCAACAUCCAACAACAGGGCAGAGUCUGGUUUUUCAAACAACAAUACCCAACACAAUCGUACAUGGCAUUCCAGGGAUAAAGGCAGUGAAGUAGAUCUUGAUGACACAGAUGAAGUGGACAGUUCAGAUUCCCUCACAGAUAAUGAAUGUGCACUAGCGUCCCCUGAGGAGAGAAGUCCUAUAAACUACAGUGAGACGCAGAUGUGUGACACUGGAACCAUCUCUGUAAAUGCAAGUGGCUUCCAUUCCUUAAGCCCCAAGGCUGUGUCUGUAGUUGAUGUCCGUUUACUUUCAGAAGGUGAAUCACAGCAUCCAAGACGACAGCUGAGUUUCGCCCUGACUCCUCCAUUAGCUUUAACUCCGGUAAAAAAUCAUGACUUUCUUGCAAACAUUCAGUCACCAAGACAAGUGGAUGAUCCUUGCCAGACUCUUAAGCCAUCCUCACCAAAUCUACCAGCCAUUCCACUACUGUGUGAUUACUCACUAACUCCUGGAUCCAUGUCUGUGCCCAGUACACCACACAUGGAGCAAACACCACAGGUUUCAGGUGCAUACCCUACCAGUGGUCCUAAAGAUGCCCUAACAGGGUCGGGUGAAAGUGACAGCUACACUUCAUCUAGAGAUCCACUCAAUCCAGAUGACACGCUUCCAGAAUGGACUGUCAGAGAUGUAUUGGAAAACUCUGGCACAGCUCACAACCAUGCAGAGGCUAGUUUAUCAGACAACAACACUCCAAACAGUCUUAAAAUGGACUCUGCUAAUGAGGGCAGUCAUGGUCAUCUGCCUGACAAAGAUGAUGAGACCAACUCUGAUUUCCUCACAGAUUAUAACUCAUCCAGAGAUCCACACAAUGCAGAUGUUGUACUUCCAGAAACUACUUUCACAGAUGGCGAUGUGUGUGAAAACUCUGCAACAUCCAACAACAGGGCAGAGUCUGGUUUUUCAAACAACAAUACCCAACACAAUCGUACAUGGCAUUCCAGGGAUAAAGGCAAUAAAGUAGAUCUUGAUGACACAGAUGAAGUGAACAGUUCAGAUUCCCUCACAGAUGAUGAAAGUGAUGACAGAUGCACUUUAGAUAAUAUGCUUUCAGAAUAUACUGUCAGAAAUAGCAAUGUUCCAGAAAACUCUGGAACAGGCAACAGUAGUUUAGAGGCUAGUUUAUCCAACAACAGCAUUCCACACAACUUUAUACUGAGCUCCACUGAUGAAUUGAGUAAAGCGUCCAGUUCAGAUUGCCUCACAGAUGAUGAAUGUGCUCUAGUGUCCCCUAUGAAGAGAAGUCCUAUAAACAACAGUGAGACGCAGAUGUGUGACACAGGAACCAUCUCUGGAAAUGCAAGUGGCUUCCAUUCCUUAAGCCCCAAGGCUGUGUCUGUUACUGAUGUCCGUUUAUUUUCAGAAGGUGAAUCACAGCAUCCAAGACAACAGCUGAGUUUCGCCCUGACUCCUCCAUUAGCUUUAACUCCGGUAAAAAAUCAUGACUUUCUUGCAAACAUUCAGUCACCAAGACAAGUGGACGAUCCUUGCCAGACCCUUAAGCUAUCCUCACCAAAUCUACCACCCUUUCCCUUGCUGUGUGUCUCACUAACUCCUGGAUCCAUGUCUGUGCCCAGUACACCACACAUGGAGCAAACACCACAGGUUUCAGGUGCAUAUCAUAAUCCCAAGGAAAUCGUGGAUGGAUCCACAGUUGGAUGUCCAAAUUUACCGUAUGUGCAAUCCAUCACAUCAACAUGGAGCCUGAAAGAAAAAAGUUUGUCAGAGGAAGACACAUGUUUCUCCUCUACUUUACUUAAGAAGCAAGUAGCAAUGGAAGGAAGAAGUACUAGUAGACAAUCAUCUUUAAUGACUGACAAAAAGACUUACAGCAUUACUGGAAGCCACACCUAUGAGGAAAGCAAUGUUUCAAACAGUCAAUCUGGUCUUAAAUAUAAUUCUGCAUCAAGUGACACUGCAUACCUACAGGAAACAUUUUGUGUGACCUCAUAUGAAAAUGGCAUCCAGAAAUCCAUUGCAGAUGAUGUCAGUGACAUUGAGAACUGUGAUCAAACCAACCAAAAUGUACAUUCUCAAGAGAUCCGUGUAGUACCUGUGAUUCAGUCACGUUCACCAAUGACAUCAAAAAUACACCUUGAUUGGUCAGUUUCUGUGCUAUGUGAAAAUUCCCUCACACCAGGAUCGAUUUCACCACACUUUCCCCCAGAGAUUUCGACUGGUGGAAAGACAAAGUCCCUAAUUAUGAGCAGCGAUGAGCUUACCAAGGGACUGACCAAAAGGAAAAAGAAGGGCACAAGUGGGCACAGAAGUCUAUCAUUUCAAAGGUACCUGCGCCCUGUGUCUUAUCAAAAAAACAUUGGAUCAUACAUUGGAUCAUCUGCAUCUACCAAGUCACCAAAGGCUUUGGAAAUGGAUGUUGCUGACAGUCAUAAGUCAGAUAAUUACUGUUCAGUCAAUGAUACUGAAGGUGUUGUGAGGAGUCCAUAUGCAGUGCCCUAUGGCCUUACCCAGCCUGUGCUAACACCACGGAGAGAGAGCUUCCGUUUGCUCCGACGGUUGAGAGACUUGUGAACUGUUUUUUUUGUUUUUUUGUUCAAUGAAUUUAUUUUUUUUCUUUAUUUUUUUAUUAUUUGGUGGUGGGUGAAGAGGUGUAAUUGAGCGUGUAUAUGUGUUUGUGUGUGUGUGUGAUUAUGAAUAUGAUAACCCAAUGAGAAGGGAAAAGGGGGAAAGAGAGAGGGGAGACUAGAGAAGUGGGAGGGAGAAGGGGAUGUACGUGGUUUAUGCUACGGCUGAAUUUGCAGAAAAGUUAUAAAAGAAUUUCAGAUGUCUUUAAAGGCACAUACAUUGUUAUUUUUCUUAGCGUCAAUUUCUUCUCUUAAUAUGUAUUCUGAUAAUAGAUUGGACCAGUGUUUGAGAUGACAGGAUGUUUUGGAUAACCAGUUCUGAAAGACUAUUUUCUUAGCGAUAGCUAGAGAGACGAGUACUGGGAUUUUGUGUUGUGACAGGAGGGGGAUUUCUGAAGUGUCUCCUAGGACGCAAACUUUCGGAGACAUGGGGACUCUGCAUUCCAGGAUGGUGGAUAUUGUUUCAGUAACGGUGGUCCAAACACGUGAAUGGGUUGGCAGUACCAGGUGGAGUGGAGAUAGGAGUCUGUGUUCCCUGAAGUGCAUUGUGGGCAGGUGUCAAUGUCAAUAAAUCCCAUUUUGUACAUCUAUGAAUGGUCUUAUAUUGUAUGAGUUGUAGGUUGGUGUUGAUAGUCAUUGCAAAGAUGUUCCUGCAGAUUUGUGUCCAGAAAUUGGGGUCGGUAGAUAAUGUUGAAUGAAUUUCAAGUGCAUCUAUGGCUGACCUUUCUUCAUUUAUUAAUUAUUUCGACCACAGAGCCAUGAAAGAAUUAAAUAAUUGUGGAAUGACACAUUAUAGAGCCAUUGUGUAAAAUUAAUUAAUGAAUUGUUCAGUGGACAACCCGGAGAGAGGGGAAAUACUGUAUUGGGCGAUGUGAGUGUUACGACCCCCUGCAGAUUGUAUAGUGGCCAUGCAUGGCCUGCAGGCAACAGACGAUUGGACUGAUUGGACUGAUUGGACUGAUUACUCUAUGCUAGCAUUUAUAUGCAAUAUAUAUUAUUGCCACCACCGACAUGUUUUUCUGUUCCUACUCUCCUUACCCCUGUAACAGUAACCCUAUGAGCACAGUUUAUACCCACUAAGCUGUUUUUGUAUGUCUCAUCUAUAUACCACCUGAUGCCUGUAUAUAUAUUAUGUACCAUAAACCCACACUGUGCCCUAAGAUAUAUCCCCUUCCUCCAGGCAGCCCAAUCAAAGGGAAUGCAAAUAAAACGUAUUUCUUGAUGUAAACCUUGUCAUGUCACACGUAUCUUACAACAUCUCCAAUGUACUGUCAGCAUAUGUAGAACAUUGUAACGAUGAUGAUUAAACCUAUGCUUGGCUACAGGCAUGUAUCAAUGA